AUGAUGAACGACCGCCCUCCCCCGCCUGACGAGCCAGACCCGAUCGUCCCCCAAGAGCUCCAUGCCAAACGCACCGUGCCGUCACCUCGCAAGGCGCCCACCGUCCGCAGCGGUAAGGGCUCCAUCUUCGGCAAGGCCUCAAUCCCCAGCGUCUAUUGGGCAGGCGACGACCCGACUCCCGUGAACAACGAGGAGUUUACCUUUUACCGAGAGGGGACGCCGCCGCCCGAGGGCGAGAAAGGCGCCUCCGCGAAGUCACGCGGGUAUCGGCAGAGCGCCUUUGACUUCGAUGAGGACAGUCAGCGCGGGAGACGGCGCAGGUGUUGCGGGUUAAAGAUUUGGGUGUUUUGGUUGCUUAUCGGCUUGGUCUUCCUGGUUGCUCUAGGAGUUGGUAUCGGUGUUGGAGUGGGCGUAGGUGCUGGUGUUGAGAAUAAGGCCGACCAGUCGGGCGGGAGUUCGGCGACAAUCAGUCCUUCCUCGACUCUUACGCCGACGUCGGUUGCUUCUCCGACGACAACCCUGAUUGUUCCGACGAUGUCAAGUUCAUCGAUCAGCAGUAGUCUGGCGACAACGACUGCUUUAUCGACGACGGCAACCACACUGCUGACAUCAACUACAACAAGUUCGACCACGACGGCGUCUCCUACAGCGACUUCUGGUCCCAACUCCAUCUGUCCGGAGGCUGAUAACACGAUCUACAACGUGAUUGGCUCCGAUAAGAGGUUCCUCCGGCUUUGUGGAGUGGACUACACCGGCGACGGCGCCAUCGACAUGUCGAACACACCAGCGGCCAGUAUGGGCGACUGCAUGGAAAUUUGCGCGAAAACCGCCCAAUGCACCGGCGUCUCGUGGGGUAACGUGAUGGUCAACGGGGAGGCUGAGCUGCGGUGCUGGCUCAAGCGGGAUCUGAAGACGUCCAGUGCGUCGCUGGCUAACUGGAACUUCGCCGUGCUGCUAUGA